GGGGUCUGGGGAUAUGGUAAAUGGCUUUGCUUAUUGUUCCGUCGUAAUUUCUAGUAAUAAAACCAUUUCAAAGUUUGGUACAGACAAAAAAAAAAACAUUUUAAGGUAAUCUCAAAACCAAAAAGCCUAUCAAUCUUUGUACUUGGAUGUUUUGUUGUUGCAAGGAUUGCAGAGGAAACCAACGAGUUUCUAACUUUGAUUCUCUGUAAGAUUUUUCUUUCUUGGGCCAUGUCAAAAAAUUAUAAAGAGUUGACUACUGUUUUAUUCAUCCACUAUGUUAAUCAAGAACAUAUUCUUCAACACCAUCUUUACUUUAAUCAAAAACCCUAAUAAUAUCACCAUAAUUCUAUGUCCCAAACAGAACAGGUGUUUUCUUUGGAGAUCUUGAGUUUGGACCUCAGAAUCAAAGAUAUAUAAAGAUGAAUGAGGAAGAAGAUAAAGAUCAAGAUCGAGUAACGAGAGGAUGUAGUCACACUCAUAGCUGUAACCCUCCAGGCCCAGAGGAUGCUUCUCACUCCCACACAUGCUUCCACGCUCACACUCAUCUCAUCAUCUCUCAGGAUCAGCAAGAGAAUGAUCAUUCUGACAGUAGCAACAAGAAACGGUUAUGUGGUAAUAGAGAGGCAGUGAGGAAGUACAGGGAGAAGAAGAAGGCUCGCACUGCAUACCUUGAAGAUGAAGUGAUGAGAUUGCAAUCUCUGAAUGAGCAAUUCCUUAGAAAACUUCAGAGCCAAGAAAUGGUGGAAACUGAAUUGAUCAGACUCCGGGCUCUUCUGGUAGAGAUGCAGGGGAAAAUUGAAGUUGAACUUUGUAGUUUCUCGUUUCAGAAACAAUGCAACGGUUCUGGUUUUGUGUUCAAAGAAGAUGGAUGCAACUUAGCAACAAGUAAUAUGAUGUGUGAAGCGGCAAGAGUGGAGUGCGAGGAGGGCCAAACACUUCAUGAUCCUAUUCAAUCUUUUGUUCCUCAACCACCACCAUUCUCACGUUAAGCGUUUACGGGCUGUGGUAUUGUGUGUAUAUAUAUACAUAUGGGUUUAAUUAGGGGCAUAGAGGUCGGAUUCCAAUAUAGUUAACAUAUACACAGAUUGGUAACUUAUUCUACAUAUGUCUAUUUUAAGGGUACCAAAACAUCUUGAUGUGGAAUUGAUUUUGAAAUGAAGAGGAGGAUGAUUGUAGAUUUGUAGUUGUAUGUAUAUAUGAUGAUAAUUGUGGGCUUAGAAGAUCUUUGGGGGUCCAUUUAUAGAUUCUCUAUAUGUGGGUAUGGUGAAUACCCAAACCAAUAAUAGAUAAGGACUUAAGGUAUGCAUCAUACAUGCAUGUGUAUAUCAUAAAUUUCAAAUGCAAAUGAAUUCCAUUGGUGUGGAAUAGACUGCCCCAAUCAUUAUU